CUUGGAGGGAGCGGGAGUACCUGAGGAUGCGCAUCACUAGCACCAGCAUUCGCACCGCUGCGUCGCUCCACACCGCCACGUCCAGCCGCCGCCGCCGCCGCCUCGGCCACCCCUCCUCCUCCAUCUCCAUCGCGGUGGGCUAACCCUAAGCUGAAUUGGACAAUUCAUUCAUCUGGCCAUGGAGGAGACGAUGCGGGGGUGGCCGCUUGGAUUGCAACCCGUCAACGUGCGGGUGCAUCUGGCGGAGUCGUGGCUGGAGCACGCCGCCGCCAGCUCUGCCGCCGCCGCAGCCUCGUCCUUGUCACCCAGCUUGAGCUUCUCCUCGUCCUUGUCUUCGGAUCUGGACACCCAGUCCACUGUGUCGCUUCUCCCGGAGACGGGAGUGGCGGGCAUGACGCUGGGGAGCCUGAUUGGAAUCCGGUCGGCGGGGCGGAGGAGGGAGCAGGCACGCCACGGUAGGGGGGGCAUGGUGUGGGCGCUGCUAGGCUGCCGCAGCAACGGCAACAGCAGCGACGAGACGGGGAGUAACGCGACGCUGCUGGCGGACAGUGUUGCUCCACCUUCCUUGGGUGAGAUCCUGGCCUUGGAGAGAUCGUCCCGAAAUGGAGGAGGCGGAGGAGAGGAGCGGCAGGUGUGCGUCAAUGUCAUGUACGAGGAACACGGGCUGGAACAGCAGGAGCAGCAGCAACAACAGGAGGGGGAAGCUGUGAAGGUGGACGCCUGUUUAUACCAGCCGACAAGCAGCGCGCUCUCCACCAUGUGUGGAUGCCUCGUCGUCGUCACUGGGGAGUGACCAUAGCUAGCUACCUCCUAGGGGCACAAAUAAACACUCCAUCAGCGUGUGGCCAGCGCCUCGAUCUCCUUGACCAGCAGCUCCUUUUCUUCCUCAAACUGCUCGUCCUCUGGAGGUGAACAUGCACACGUCCACAUGCACGUAUGGUGGAGCAGCAGCAAAGGUUUGUGAGAAUAUACGUACCCUUGUCAAGGUGGAAGUUGUCCAGAAAGCGCAGCAGUCUGUCUCUGUUCUUUGCCAAGACGUGCACGAUGGGGGCUGGCUUCUUCGGGUUUGCAACAAAUACCUGCACAAGGACAAGAGAGCUCGCCAUUUGCUGAUCGACGAGGCGCACCUUGAAUAUAUGGAACGCAGACGACUGGAUGCUCUUGCUUGGGUCCUGGGCCAGAAUAAGCUUUUACUUACAUUGGCAUACGUAGAAGCAAGCAACGGACCUUGAGAAGCGUCAUGACUAUCAGCAAAUUGCGCUUGUCCGAGAUGUACCGUAGCAUGACUUGCGUGUUAGAUCUGUCCAGGAGAAAAUCCCCGAGCAACUGAAGAAUAAAGAGGGAGAAGAGCAUUAAAAAAAA